UACAGCGCGCGGCGGAGGAACUGGGUAUACCCGACAGCAAGCUAGUGGUGUAUUUCACAACGGCCGACAUUUUCAAGAAAAUUUAACCCGGUUAUUCGCCAAAAAAUAUUCUCUGGACUUACUUGAAGAUUCGUGUAACACCACUGGAUCUAUUAGAGGCUUUCUUUGAAGUUGUAUACCGCCAACAACUCCAAUUGAGGGGUUUCCAACGUCCGACCGGACGGAGCGACGCUCUCCGCCUCGGGAUCGCCGGGUUUUUAAGGACUCUCAAGGGGCAAAGAAGAAGUGGAGAAAAAUAGGAACAACGACGGACAUUUUCCGCCCAUAUCAUCUUAUGGUGACGGAUACAACCAGAGGAUAUUACGUGCUUUUUCUGGAUACAAUUUUUACCUGUGCAGAGGAGAGAGAGAGAGAAGGAGAGAGAGCAGGAAUCAGUCCAGACAAAGGUUCAAAGGAAAGGCUGAGGGGGUGAUAGAUCCAGUGGUCGGGGUCUGAGUGUGCUCCUCACAGCCGAGAGAAGGGCUUUGUCCGCCGCCAUCCUGCGUGUAGAGGGGAGGGGGCGGCGGUGAUCUACCGCACCUUCACUGGGAUUACGGAAAUAGAGAAAACAAACCGAAUUCCCUUGUGUAAAGGACGCGACAUGUAUCCACAAGGCCGGCAUCCGGCACCUCACCAGCCAGGGCAGCCUGGCUUCAAGUUCACUGUGGCAGAGUCCUGUGACAGGAUCAAAGAUGAGUUCCAGUUCCUGCAGGCGCAGUACCACAGUCUAAAAGUGGAGUAUGACAAACUGGCCAAUGAGAAGACAGAGAUGCAGCGUCACUACGUCAUGUACUACGAGAUGUCCUAUGGGCUCAACAUUGAGAUGCACAAACAGACUGAAAUUGCCAAACGUCUCAAUGCGAUUCUGGCUCAGAUCAUGCCGUUCUUGUCACAAGAGCAUCAACAGCAGGUGGCUCAGGCUGUUGAACGGGCAAAGCAGGUGACAAUGACUGAGCUAAAUGCAAUCAUCGGGGUACGUGGACUUCCCAAUCUGCCUCUCACUCAGCAGCAGCUCCAGGCUCAGCACCUCUCUCACGCAGCCCACGGCCCCCCUGUCCAGCUGCCCCCCCACCCAUCAGGCCUGCAGCCGCCUGGCAUCCCCCCUGUGACGGGAGCCGGCUCUGGCCUGCUGGCUCUGGGUGCUCUUGGCAGCCAGGCCCACCUUCCUGUAAAAGACGAGAAGAACCACCACGACCUGGAGCACAGAGGCCCCUCAUCUUUUCACUCGCCUCUGGCCAUUCCUCUGAAAGAACGCGAGUCGAGCACGAAUAACUCUGUGUCGCCUUCUGACAGCCUGCGGGCAGCGAGCGAGAAGCACCGUGGCUCUUCAGAUUACGGUCUGGACUCUAAGAAACGAAAAGUGGACGACAAAGACAGCAUGAGCAGAUAUGACAGUGACGGAGACAAGAGUGACGACUUGGUUGUGGACGUUUCCAAUGAGGAUCCGGCCACCCCUCGAGUCAGCCCCGCUCACUCUCCUCCAGAGAAUGGCCUGGACAAAUCUCGAGUCCUGAAGAAGGACGCUGCCCCUAAUAGCCCCGCCUCUGUCGCAUCAUCGGGCAGCACGCCAUCCUCCAAAGCAAAGGACCACGCCCAUAAUGACAAGUCGUCCACACCGAGCCUGAAGUCAAACACACCGACACCAAGAAAUGAGGCCCCGACACCAGGAACCAGCACCACCCCGGGACUGAGGCCCCUCACAAUGGGCAAACCACCCGGCAUGGAGGCACUGGCUGCUCCUGCUCUGCGUACCCCUCUGUCCAUUGCGGGUUCCUAUGCCACCCCGUUUGCCAUGAUGGGUCAUCAUGAGAUGAACGGAUCCUUGACCAGCCCAGGGGUGUAUCCGGGUCUCAUCUCACCACAGAUGAGUGCUGCAGCUGCUGCCGCCUAUGGUCGCUCUCCAAUUGCGGGGUUUGACCCUCAUCCUCACAUGAGAGCUCCUGGGCUGCCAGCCAGCCUCACGUCCAUUUCUGGAGGAAAACCAGCGUAUUCUUUUCACGUAAGUGCGGAUGGUCAGAUGCAGCCCGUGCCCUUUCCUCCAGAUGCACUGAUUGGCCCGGGCAUCCCACGCCACGCUCGCCAGAUUAACACACUGAGCCAUGGGGAAGUGGUGUGCGCAGUCACCAUUAGCAACCCUACACGCCAUGUCUACACAGGUGGCAAAGGUUGUGUCAAGAUUUGGGACAUAAGCCAGCCAGGCAGCAAAAGCCCCGUGUCCCAGCUCGACUGCCUGAACAGGGACAAUUACAUCCGCUCCUGCAAGCUGUUGCCUGACGGCCGCACCCUCAUAGUGGGUGGUGAGGCCAGCACGUUGACCAUCUGGGACCUGGCCUCACAGACGCCCCGCAUAAAGGCCGAGCUCACGUCUUCUGCUCCGGCCUGCUACGCACUGGCCAUUAGUCCUGAUGCCAAGGUCUGCUUCUCCUGCUGCUCUGACGGAAACAUCGCUGUGUGGGACCUUCACAACCAGACCCUUGUUAGGCAGUUCCAGGGCCACACAGACGGAGCCAGCUGCAUUGAUAUCUCUCACGAUGGGACCAAAUUGUGGACCGGAGGACUGGACAACACGGUCCGCUCCUGGGAUCUGAGGGAGGGACGGCAGCUCCAGCAACAUGACUUUACCUCACAGAUCUUCUCACUGGGCUACUGUCCCACUGGAGAAUGGCUGGCUGUGGGCAUGGAGAGCAGUAACGUGGAGGUACUUCACCACACCAAGCCUGACAAGUAUCAGCUGCACCUGCAUGAAAGCUGCGUCCUCUCACUGAAGUUCGCCUACUGUGGUAAAUGGUUUGUGAGCACAGGGAAGGACAACCUGCUGAACGCAUGGAGGACUCCUUAUGGUGCCAGCAUUUUCCAGUCAAAGGAGUCAUCCUCUGUCCUGAGCUGUGACAUCUCGGCGGAUGACAAAUACAUCGUGACCGGAUCUGGGGACAAGAAGGCGACAGUCUACGAGGUCAUCUACUGAACAGACGAGGCUCCUGCUCUGCUUCAGCACUUCUACUGAGAUCACUUUCCUCUGACCAACCAUCUGUGGACUACAACUCGCUACCAUAAACUACCGACUUGGCAAAGUCACCUGGCAGGAAUCAAUGGAGCUCUUGGCCUAAGGAUAACUGUGCUUUUUUUUUUUUUUGGAGGGUUUAUUUUUUUGUAACUUCAACAUUUUUGCUCUGUUUUUUGUUGGGAAUUUUUUGGCUUAACCGGAUGAAGCAGGGCUUCUAUUCUAAGACCCAUGUUCCCCAGACGUCUUGUGAAAAGUGUACAUAUUGGAUUAAAUAAAAGACAUUUUAUAUAUAUUAUAAAAUAUAUAUAUUUUCAUGUCCUGGGUGUACUUGUGAUGUUUUUUUUUUUUUUUUUUUGCCCACUCAGUCUUGUGCCAUGAUCUCUGAGUGGGGGAGCAGAACAUAGAGUUCAACUUUUGAACAAGUUUUGCUCUUUGAUUUCCUUGAAGCCGUUCUACAGGCUGACCUUCUAAGAAAAUCAAAUAGAGGAGCAUGAAAUCUACGUGUAGGACGUUUUUGUGGAGUUUUAAAAAUGGCCUUUGUCACAGUGCUCUUACCGAACAGUGAAAAUGUGGAGUCCUUUAACUCUGGCAGAGCCUCAGCUGGUUUGGACCACUAUGUGACUGAGCAGGACUCUCCAACUGAAGAGAAGAGAUGGAUGUAAAUUUAAUUCAUAUCUAUAUCAAAAAGGCGUUUUUAAAGUGUACAUCUCUGUCUGUGCUAACUCUCUCUCUCUCUGUUUGUUUUACCUUGUUAGAUUAUGAGAGAUAGGGGACGUUUAAUCUUUAGCCUAACCCUUGGACCUCACUCAGUUGGCAGCAGAAGCAGUGCUGCAGGCACAAACUGGAUGAUAAUGUGCUUUUUGCUAACUUGACGUAAUAUGGAUGUUGAAUUGCACCAUCGAUUUCUUGGUUACAGACUAAACUCAAACAGUCCAAUCUGUGCUGUUGGACUCUUUCUGCUCUUUGUAUCUUAUCAAUAUUCCUGGAACAUGUUUGGUCAACUGUGAUAGUGAGAUGGAGACGUGUAACUGCUCAUGAGGAAGGUAACACAUGAAGUAAUGAAGUGUCUCUGAUGUUGACAUUUAGAUGGGUGUGAAUAAUUCUGGUUUGUACACUGUGCUCCUGAUCCUGUCAGCAUUUCCCACAACAGAAAUGAGAAGGGGCAACAUUUGUCAGUCCCUCUGAGUCACACCAAAGUAUGUAGCAAAUGCUGUCAGCACUGAAAAGAAAUGUACAGUUGUUAAUAAAUCAAUAAAACUGUUUUUGUA